AUGAGCAAGUGCGAAGAAGAACUUCAGGUGAUGCUUUUGCAAUAUGUCAGAGAGAAAUACGGGCAGAAAGCGUUCACACAAAUAUCUGCAGAACUCAAAAUAUUCUUAGACACGACUCACGUCUUCAAUUUAGUCGAUACCGAUAAGUUGGAGGAGUUGGACGAGUACUUGUCGUCAUUUGUCGAUUUAAAGAACAACAACGACACCACUUUGUUAUACCUCAUCCGUCGGUACCUCAUUUUAAGGUACGCGCAAAUGCACGACUACGUUGAAGGGAAGAAGUACUACACAAAAUUGUCGCAACUUCCCCAAUUCGAGAAGGAAGUAACUGACAAGACGAUCCUCUCGUCCAUCUUUUUCGACCCAACCCUUUGUGAGACUGAAAUAAAGAAGAUGGGCAAUUUGGAAGAGUACAGGAAAACAAAGCUGAGACUCCAAAUCAGUGACCUCAUCAAUACAAGCGAAAAUUUGAAGAAAUAUCUUUCAAUUGCAAAUGUCGACGGGAAGUUAAUCAAACGACUUGUCUCCGACGGGGUGAGGUAUAGGCACGUGAAAGUAUGCCACGGAAGUCCCAGCGACGACAUUUCAUUGCUCUCUCUUAUCUCUGGUGAGCAUAUCCACAAAAAUGAGAAUAAGCCCGUCUACACAAGUUCGUGGAAAUGCAGUCCAAUCGAUGUCUUAGGAAAGUCGACGACAUUUGAACUCUCAGAUUCUAUCCUUUUUAUCGGAAUGAAAAAUAUGAGAAUGGUCAUCGUUCAUCUCUCACGUGGAGAGGUGAUUUGUGAUUUGAAAGUUGCGGCGCCCAUUUUGAAGUUUGCGGUGUCUGUGCCGUUCUUUGCGACGCUCAGCGAGACUUCUUUGUCGGUUAUGAGUCUUUGUUGCUCGGGGAUAUCCGAGUUGUGUCGCCUCACCUGUCACGGCGUGACGGGUGUUGAGUUCAUCAAAGGCACAUCGCACAUAGCGUACGUUGAAAACACCAUUUUGAGGAUUUAUGACUUCAUUUUGAAGAAGGAAAUCUUCACGCAUCAGAACGUUAUUGGGGUGAUACCACAAACAAAGAACGGCACGAUUGUGGCAGUUCUGAAGAGCGAUAUGGUUCUUAUCGGGUCUCAAUUUAGUCAGCCGUAUA